AUGAGCAUGCAUUCAUCUCUAUGUCAAAUCAGACCUGAAAACCCUCCCUUUCAGUUAGGUGACAACUCCAGUUAUUUUCUGUUUGGAUUGUAUGAAGUGGAGCUGGAGUUAGGUGUUUUAGAUCAGAAGAUUAAUGAUUUGUCCAAAAAGGUCGAAACGAUUGAACCAGAACCAUACAAAGUGUACUUCGAUCGACACAAACAUGAAUAUCUAACUUUGCCCCAAGGUAGAAGUGUAGAACUACAAUCAUUGCCAGUGUCUUCAGUAAGUGAGAGCGAGACUGAAAGUGAGGCUAUUUGUAAUGAUCAAACUGGGCAGGAUUCCGAUUACACUCCCUCCCGCACCACGACCUCAAAAUGGAGGCAACCACGGAAACGCGUCGGAAGACCACGAAUUUCUGAUAAAAGAAGGUCAUCUAGACUGAUGAAUAACCGAGUACAAGCCAAACUUGCGGUAAAACCUAUUCCCACUAAAAAAGUUUCCCCAUACAACAUAAGACUUAUUCCUGAACAGAUUGUCCCCAAAGUAAGGAAACCGAAUAGAAUGUCUGAUUGGAAGCUUCGUGUUAAAGAUAGGUUCAAACAACCAGAGGACCCCAAGUCCCACUAUAUCACACACCCCGUCAUCCCAGUAAAAAUACUUUUGAAAAACCAUAAAAUUGAAUCUUGGCUGUCAAAAUUUCCAUGA